UUAUGAUAGUAUGGGAACUAAGGAGAACGAAGUGAGCGUUAAUUGACUAACUCUUCAGAUGUCAUAAUAAGUAAAAAAUAUCAACGUAUUUUAUUGUAUCAUAAUUUUGUUAUUUUAUAAAUUUGAAUUACCUGUUUUUAUGUGCAGGAUUGAAUUAUAAAACUUAUCAUCAAUUUUAGUUUUGUUCUCUGAAUAUGGACAGCUCGUUUUUCUUUAACUAGGCUUAGUGAUCGUUAUGUUAUAAAGAUAUUGUGCUCAUCUGCUGAAAAAAAAGGUUUUUACUAUGUACGUAAAUUUACGUAAACAUGCUUUAAUGGAUUUAUAGUUAAUUUGUGGUUAGAUAUGAGUGGUAGACCAAGGACAACGUCGAUUGCUGAAAGCAGCAAGCAGUCGUCGCAGCCAAGUUUCACUGGAAUCAAGACUACAAGCAAAGAUGGAAACAAAGUUACAACUGUUGUGGCAACUCCCGGACAAGGGCCUGAACGACCUCAAGAGAUUUCUUACACGGAUACCAAAGUAAUUGGAAACGGGUCUUUUGGUGUAGUUCACCAAGCUCGUCUUCUUGAGACUGGAGAGCUUAUAGCAAUCAAAAAAGUGUUGCAGGAUAAGAGAUUUAAAAAUCGUGAAUUGCAAAUCAUGCGAAGAUUAGACCACUGCAAUAUUGUGAAAUUGAAGUAUUUUUUUUAUUCAAGUGGUGACAAGAAAGAUGAAGUUUACUUGAACUUGGUACUAGAGUUUAUUCCAGAGACUGUUUACAGAGUGGCUAGGCAAUACAGCAAAGCUAAGCAAACUAUACCUAUUUCAUUCAUAAAGCUAUAUAUGUAUCAACUGUUUCGAAGUCUAGCAUACAUCCAUUCCCUUGGAAUAUGCCACCGUGAUAUCAAACCUCAGAAUCUGCUUUUAGACCCAGAUUCAGGUGUUUUAAAGUUGUGUGAUUUUGGAAGCGCCAAGCAUCUUGUGAAUGGUGAACCAAAUGUUUCAUACAUUUGUUCCCGUUAUUAUCGAGCCCCUGAACUUAUCUUUGGUGCAACAGAUUAUACUACUAUGAUUGAUGUAUGGUCUGCUGGGUGUGUGCUUGCUGAAUUACUUUUAGGUCAACCCAUUUUUCCUGGUGACAGUGGUGUAGACCAAUUAGUUGAAAUAAUCAAAGUUCUUGGAACCCCAACAAAAGAGCAAAUACGAGAAAUGAAUCGAAAUUAUACAGAAUUUCGGUUUCCUCAAAUAAAAGCUCACCCUUGGAGCAAGGUAUUUCGUGCUCGGACGCCCCCUGAGGCUGUUGACUUGGUUUCCAAACUAUUAGAAUACACCCCAUCUGUAAGAUGCACACCCCUUCAGGCAUGUGCACAUCCAUUUUUUGAUGAAUUAAGGGAACCAGGAACGAGGUUGCCAAAUAAUAGGGAAUUGCCUCCUCUUUUUAACUUUACAGAACAUGAACUAAAGAUUCAACCCUCUUUAAAUUCCAUCCUGAUUCCAUUGCAUAUACGCAACAGUAGUCAAAAUAAUCCCCAUGGAUCUAUCGGAACAAAUAGUGCCGGCUCUGUCGACCCAAGCUCUAGCAGCAUGGCCCAUAUGGCUGCUGAGUCCUCCAGCAUUAGCAAUUCUUUGGCGGCAUCUGGCAGCAAUGUUGGUGCUGCACAGAUCGGGGCUUCGACUUCCACUGCGACUGCAUGACACUUCCAUUGUCUAAGAGCAGGCAGCUAAGCCUAAGUGAAACCAAAACAAAAAGAAUUGUGGAAGACCUCAUCAAUUAGUUCAUGUAUGAGGUUCGCAGUCUUGUAACACAUUUCAAGCAGUGUUCGAUGUACCUGAACUAGGUUGUACAUAAAUUAAUAUAAAUAUUACGUUUAUUUUGAAUUACUCAUAGUAGAUUUGAAAAAUAAUUUUAUUUAAUUAUUUUUAGUUGUUACAGUUUUGAUUUAUUUGUUAAUGCAAUGGUAACUAUGUAAAAGAGUGAGAUACAAUUUUUAUUUUAUCCCUGUCAUAUGACAUUUUAAGUUUUAUUUUCUGUAAAAAAUAAAAAUGCCUUGUAUAGCCUUCUAAGUCUUUUUUUUCUUGCCCACAUCAUGUCAGAACAUUUCUUUUUUUAAUAAUUUGCACUUUAUUAGUCGUUCAAACUGAAUUCUUAUUGAUAAACCUGAACACAAUUUUAUUGAAAUUAUAAAAUUCUUUUUACAUCUGUAGAUUGAAAAAAAAAGAUUAUGCAUAAUAAUUACUGGUAAUGCUGCUGAAAGACGUGUAUUUAGAGGAAUAGCCUCUGGGUAAAUUUUCAUCUAAAAAAAACUUUCCGUUUUGAAAAAAAUUCAUUAAUGGUGUCAUAAAAUAACUCUCCUUUUCCUCACUAAUUUGACUUAAGGCUGUGGUUGUAAUUUUCUGCAAAUAAAUAUCUUUCUAUAUUUUAUAAGCACACUUUUCUAUGUACAUUGUAAAUCUUAUUAAAACUCUUCCUGAAUUUUUCGUUUAUGACCAACAUACUGCCCAAUUUUGGCUUUCAAAAUAGCAGUUUAGCAGCCUGCUCUUGCCAGAUAUAGGAAAGUACUAUGUGAAAAUAAUGUAUGUGCUUAAAUUGAAGAUUAUAUUUCCAGCUAAUUUACCUUGUACAGUUUCAAAUAUAAAUCUAUACCAUUUUAAGCAAUUUCAUGUUUAAAGGUACAUAUAUUAGAAUGUUUGAUUAUUUUUCAUGUUUGCUUCUGAAAGUAUAUUGUACAUCCCUGUGAUUGAAUGGCAGUUUUGUAUACUGUACAGUGUGUUUAAUGUAUUGUAUGAAGUUGUGUAGAUUAGUUCUGCUACUCUGGUAAACCAUUAAAUUAAUAGACAGCAGAGCUCGCCUUAUAACGACAUUCUAAGAGAUUGCCCUGAACUGUGCUGAGUCAUUCAUAGUUUCUCCCAACUUGAAUCAUUUUUGCAUAGUAAACUUGGCAUAAGAUUUAGAAUAAAUGUUCGUUAUAUUUGCAUGCCAAGUUACAUUUAUGUUGCACAGUUUUCCCUCUUUUCUAUUAAAGAGUUUUGUUUAUUAUUUUAUUGACUUAGAAUUUCAAAGUAAAUUUCCUUACUGUCCUCUAGUGAAUAUUUUAUGUGUAAUAAUAUGGGAAAAUGAUGUAAGAGACAAUCGGUUGAGUAAACUUUUUUUAUAGCAUAAAAUUUUGGUGUCGUUCUAAUACGAGUCUGCUAUGAUUUGUUCGGAUGAUUGUUUGGGCUUCUGUUGCCAUUUGGUGAGAUUCAGUUUUAAAGUUUCUUUAGAAAUAUAUGUUUAGCAUUGAAAGAGGAAAAUUUAUACUGUAAUUUAGCAUAUUAUGCUGUCUUUUGGAACUUAUGUAAUUUUUUGCAUUUUAGUAUUUAUUGUUAGUAAUAGUUAGAUAUGUGCCUGUGUUAACUCAGGUAAUAGAGGCAUGAAGUAGAAAUUUUAUUUGUGAUUUUUACUGGAGUUGCUUCAUGUAACUUAGGUAAAAUUUUUGGUGCCUGACAGAUGUUUUAUAUUACUUUGUUUUUGUGUGUAAAUCUUUUAAAUAAAAUAACUUUUUAAAAUCAUGUCAUUUAAUAAUGUGUCAUUUGCCACUAACCUGCUAAUUCAAUUUAAUGUAAUUUAUUUUGAUUUCUUCUUCAUGUAACAUAGAUAUUUCGUCAUAAUUUACUCCUCAAUUAAUAUAUCAUUUUAAUUUUACCAAUAAAAUUGCUUUUUUUCCCCCUUCAAAAUCUGACUGGCUAUUUUUUUCCCUUUCAAAAUUUGCUUUAGUAAUCUGCUAUAAAAUUGGUUUAUUUCAAACUUAUUAUAAUUUCUUUUGCUGCAUGACUAAUGUGAAUCGUGGUUCAUGUUUUUGAAAAUUAUUUAAUGAGUGGUGAUGUGACAAAGAUUCUAAUAUUGAAUGUGAAAAAUAUUUAAUCCAAAUUUUACCUAUUUUCAAUUUUAGAAUGAUAGAAAAAAAAUGAAUUAUUUUUAUUGUUUAAAUUUUUUUGUACUCCUGGUUCCCAACGUUUGAAGUUUUUAUAUAAGGUAAAAUAUUAUGAAUGUAAAGAAGUUCUUCAGCAUUUUGUGAGAAAAUAUGAAUUAACUGUAUGUACUUACGUAUAACUCCAAUAGUCAUGUUUAUAAACAGAAGAAAACUAUAUGCUUUUCAUAGUUAUAUCUGUAAUCAAAACUGUGAAUAUACCUUAGACUGCUCAAAGAUGAACCUUACAAAUAUUCUAAGGCUCCUUGCUCUGUGAAUAUAAAUUUUUUGAUAUACCAGGAAGCAAGUUAUAUAAUAGUAUUCAAAAUGUAUGCAUACCAAUGGAAAUCCAUAUGAACAUAUAUGUUGAAUGUUUCAGUGUCAUAAGUCAUUCACACAAGAUUAUGUAAAAAAUUGGAAACUGAAUUUUUAUUUUCAUGCAAAACUGUUUUAAUUUGUGCACUUCAUACAUACACUACUAUACAUAAACUGGACCAUGUUGUGCAUUUAUGCACAUUUCCCCCUUUGUAUAUGGCUUUAUUGUUAGGCAGUUAGAUGUAGGAAAUAAAAUUAUUACACAUGAAGUGCUAUUUGUUUUAUUCAUGUGAAUCUGCUAUUUGUGUCAGUGGGGGAAAAUACAGCUUAUUGCUAGUUCGAACUUGCACAUAUGUAACUGUAGAUGUGAAAAUUAUUAAUGCUAUUAAAAAGUGAAUUGAUAUUGUA